AUGCUCGAUCAAGCUCCGUUCCGACUCCUGCACCUCCCCGUGGAAUUACAAUGCUACAUCCUCCAACACGCCCUCGACUGCCUCACCGCAACCAUCCAUCUCGCCUGCCGGAGCGACUGCACCGUCCACCCCUCCCGCUCCCAGAGACCCUCCGCCCUGCCCACCCUGCAAAUCUUCCACAAUCUCCGCCUCACCAACCAAACCCUCCGGAAACUAGCCCAGGAUGUCUUUUACGACGUCAACCAAUUCACCUUCUGGCCCUUCGCCAUGCCUCCGAAUCUAGGGCCCGCAGAGGGCAGAGCGUGCCGUCUCAAGGGCGUCCGACACCUCAUCUUCGAGCAGGAUCCCGUGCACAUGACAUUCCGGAAGACCCGCCUGGCGAUCCAGUUCCGCCGCCUGAAGACCGGAUGGGAGUGUAGCUGUGGGCCCGACGAGGAGAUGAUUCAGCGCUGUUGGCCCCAAGACGUUCACGAUCACAAUCACCACGACCGGUUAUCCCUCGCCUUCACGACCGUGGCAUUCCAAGACCCCUGGGUCAUGUCUCCUUCGUGCGACAACCCGGAAGACGCCGAACGGCAAUCUCAUCUUCUGAAAGACCUGCGUCCGCAGGAACAGAAAUUGGGCCUCGUGACUUCCCUGGCGCUCGUGAUGGGGGAGAGAUUUGAGAUGUUAUUGCGGGAAAAGGGCAGAGGGGAGGAUCUGACUUUGGGGGAUCUGAAGCGGUUGAGGGAGAUUAUGGUGGGGUAUUUUGACACGGUGCCGUUUGAGAUUUGGUUGCCGGGAGGAGGAGGGGGAGGAGGGCAUGGCGAGGGGGAGGGGAAUUACAUUGCGAGUAUGCGCUAUGUCUUCGAGCAGGUUCCGUUGUUGCGAUUCAUUGGGGAUGACAAGGCAUGA